AAAUAACUCACAUUGGCAAAUCUGACGCAACAAUAAGUCACGCGUCAGAAAAGGCGAAUACGCGUUGCUUUAUAAACGCGUUUAUCGAUUUGGAAGCAUCAUUGUCAGUUUGUCCAUCGGAGCGCGCGUUUGUAAUAUUUUGCUUUAAAAUGGCUCCAUAUUCAAAAUACGACAGUUCUUAUAUAAUGAGUAAGACGCUGGAAGAUAUAACUUUAAUAAACAAUCAAAAAAUACUGCAGCCGGAAUUUUCAGAAUUCGUCGAUUAUAUCAAAAUAGAGGAUGGUGAACCUGUGUUGUGGAUAUACGGAUAUGGUUCCUUGAUAUGGCUACCUAAGUUUGAGUACAGCAAAUCUGAGGUAGGAUUCGUCGAAGGGUUUGCUAUUCGAUUUUGGCAAGGAAAUACAACACAUCGUGGAACACCAGACGCGCCUGGUAGAGUGGCGACACUUAUCGAGGAUAGAUGUUCAGUAACUUGGGGAAGAUCGUUUCAACUUCGAGGAAUGAAACAAAUAAAUGAAGCUCUCAAACAUCUGUGCACACGCGAGAUGAAACUAGGUGGCUACAAAUACGAAUGCAUGAAUUUCCAUGUUCAUGACUCGGACAAAAAAGAAACCCUACAGGCUAUUACAUUUGUGGCAACCCCAGAUAACAAGCACUAUCUUGGGCCUGCUUCAAUAAACGAAAUCGCAGCCACGAUUGUUUAUUCACAAGGAAAAAGCGGUCCAAACUUGGAAUAUUUAUUUCGCCUGACCGACAGUUUACGUGAAAUCAAUCCACAAAUUGUUGACGAGCAUUUGUGGGACAUUGAGAACGAGUGCCACAACCUACUCAAACGGCGCCGCAGUAAUGACACUUCUGAGUUCCAAGCUGGCCAAAUUGAUGGCCAAUUGAUGCAUAAGGACGCUGCAGCUGAUUCCACCAACCGCUCUUUUGUCUCAAGCCUGAAUUUUAAUAAUAGUUUUUGUAAUAUCAGGCCAGAAUAAUCUUUUUUAAUUGCGGCGAGUCAUAAUAUAAUUUUUUAACUGCGGAUUAUCAUUCAAUAUAUUGAUUGCAAGCGGAUAUACCCUCUAUUGUAGUAAUUAUUGUGAACGGUGCAACCGUAUAUUUUUCCUUUAUAGUUCUGAAUUGUACAAAAUUUUUGCCGAUUGUAGCAAAUUUAACUUUAUUUAUUACGUGCCCUACACAAUAGAAUUAAAUUAUGUAUAUACUUCUAAAUUUUGUUUUCGGAUUAUAUGUUAUCCAUUUAUUGGUGUUCGAAAUAAACUAAAAUAUUUUCAACGUA